CAUUGCUUUCUCAAUUUCCUUUUUUCUUUGCUCCAUCUCCCAGAGUGAAUCAAAGGAAACCUCUGUCUUUAAAAACACUUCUUCUUUUGGUUAAGUCUUUUACAUUGAGAACUUUCUAAUCUCACCAGAGUAGGUAAGAUUGAUGUUCAAUCUCAAGUAUUUCUCAUGAUUCCUUUAUUCACAGAAAUAUACUCUGGGGAAAAAAAUAAGAGGCUUCUGGUCCUCCCAAUCACUGGACAACAAGAGAGUUAACACACAAUGGGGCAAGAAGAACCUCAAAGUAAACAAGGAGGCUGCCAUUCCCAGCUGAUCCCUUGGGCCAUUGCCAUUGUUUUCAUCUCAGUUCUCAGUGUCUGUUUUAUUACAAGUUGUUUGGUGUCUCAUCGAAACUUUGUACGUUGCAGAAGAAGCAUGAGUGGGUUCCAGUUACCAGAGCAGCACACAAAGCUGACGUGCAUCAGAGAGAAAUCAGAACUGAAAGAGAGCGCCUGGAAUUGCUGUCCUGUUGGCUGGAGAUCUUUCCAGUCCAACUGCUAUCUUCCUCUUAAUGACAACAAGACCUGGGCUGAGGGGGAAAGGAAUUGCACAGGGAUGGGGGCUCAUCUGGCCACCAUCAGCACAGAAGCUGAGCAGAACUUUAUUAUUCAAUAUUUGGAUAGACGAUUUUCAUAUUUCCUGGGACUUACGAAUGAGAACCCUGAGGGCCAGUGGCAUUGGGUGGACAAGACACCAUUUAACCCACAUGUAGCAUUCUGGCAUGAGGGUGAACCCAACAACUAUCAGAAAGAAAACUGUGUUAUCCUUGUAAAUGCUCAAGACAAAUGGGCCUGGAAUGAUUUUCCUUGUAAUGCUGCGAGAAGAAGGGUUUGUAAGAUACCUGGAACAGCAUUCAACUAG